AUGUCCGAUCAACCGCAGAGAGAUGUCAAGAACCAUCUCCUCUUUGAGAUCGCUACUGAAGUUGCCAACCGAGUCGGUGGAAUCUACUCUGUCAUCAAAUCCAAAGCCCCAGUAACUACAGCCGAGUAUGGAAGCAGAUAUGUCGCCAUUGGUCCCCUAAACCCCCGUUCUGCUGAAGUCGAGGUUGAAGAGAUCCCCGUUCCCGCUGGCACUCCUCUCGAGACUACCCUCCGUUCCAUGUCUGAGCGGGGUAUCCGCUGGUUGUACGGAAGAUGGUUGAUCGAGGGAGCGCCAAAGGUUUUGUUGUUCGACACUGGAUCUGCAUAUAAGUGGCUCGAUGAGUGGAAGGGUGAUCUGUGGAGUGUUGCGGGUAUUCCUAGUCCUGCGCACGAUAGCGAGAUGAACGAGACUAUCGUGUUCGGUUACGUCGUUGCGUGGUUCUUGGGAGAGUUCGUUCACCACGAGCGGGAAAAGGCCGUCAUUGCCCACUUCCACGAAUGGCUUGCCGGUGUCGCACUUCCACUCUGCCGUAAGCGUCACAUUGAUGUUACCACCAUCUUCACCACCCACGCCACUCUCCUCGGUCGUUACCUUUGCGCUGGCUCCGUCGACUUCUACAAUAACCUCCAAUACUUCGACGUCGAUCACGAGGCUGGAAAGCGUGGUAUCUACCACAGAUACUGCGUCGAGCGCGCCGCCACGCACUCUGCUGACGUCUUCACCACCGUCUCUCACAUCACCGCUUACGAAUCCGAACACCUUCUCAAGCGCAAGCCCGAUGGUGUCUUGCCCAACGGUCUUAACGUUGUCAAAUUCCAGGCUAUGCACGAGUUCCAGAAUCUCCACGCUAUGGCGAAGACCAAGAUCAACGAGUUCGUUCGUGGGCACUUCUACGGACACUACGACUUCGAUUUGGAAAAGACUCUGUAUUUCUUCACUGCUGGACGUUAUGAGUACCGUAAUAAGGGUGUGGAUAUGUUCAUCGAGUCCUUGGCCCGUUUGAACGAGAAGAUGAAGGAGGCUCAGUCUGAUAUGACCAUCGUUGCUUUCAUCAUCAUGCCUGCCAAGACUCACUCCUACACUGUUGAGUCCCUCAAGGGUCAGGCUGUCAUGAAGUCCCUUCAGGACACCGUCGCACAAAUCCAGGCAUCUAUCGGUCAGCGCAUGUUCGAACACGCUGCUCGUUACAUUGGUGUGCCCGGUACUGAGGUUCCCGAUGCCUCCAGCCUCAUGACUCCUCAGGAGAAGGUCUUGUUGAAGCGUCGUGUCUUCGCAUUGAAGAGAACUACCCUUCCUGCGGUUGUCACUCAUAACAUGGAGAACGACCAGGACGACCCUAUCUUGAACCAGAUCAGGAGGUUGCAGUUGUUCAAUGACUCCAGCGAUCGUGUGAAGAUUGUCUUCCACCCUGAGUUCUUGAACUCAAAUAAUCCCAUCUUGCCACUCGACUAUGACGAUUUCGUCCGCGGAUGUCACUUGGGUGUCUUCGCCUCUUACUACGAGCCUUGGGGAUACACUCCUGCUGAGUGUACCGUUAUGGGUGUUCCUUCCAUUACCACUAACCUCUCCGGUUUCGGUUGUUACAUGGAUGAGCUCCUCGAGCGUCCUCAAGACUCUGGUAUUUACAUUGUCGACCGCCGCAUGAAGUCUGUCGAUGAGUCUGUGGAUCAGUUGUCUUCUUGCAUGUUCGACUACACUAAGAAGACCCGUCGCGAGCGUAUCACCCUCCGUAACCGAACGGAACGCUUGUCUCCUUUCUUGGACUGGAAGAAAUUGGGUAUUGAGUACACCAAGGCUCGUGUCUUGUCCUUGACCCGCGCAUACCCUCACGCAUUCGACGGCGAGGACGGUGAUGCCUUUGACUUGGUUCACCGGACAAAGUUGCCGCCUCCGAUGUCUGUUCCAGCUUCGCCUCGCAGUGGUCUCAUGACCCCCGGUGACCUCGGAUCCAUGCAGGAGACUAUGCAGGCUCUUAACACGGAUGACUACGAGGGCUUCAAUAUGCCUGGUGCAGAAGAUGAGGACGACCACUACCAGCCCUUCGUCCUCCACCUGAAGAAGAAGCCAGAGGGUUCCGAGGGACCUAAGGGAACCGACUACUUUGGUGCCAAGGACAUCACCCCCUCGAACGGGGACAGAGCUUAA